CGUUACCUAGUCUAAACCUUAGUUAGGGGCGACUUGCCCUCCUUUCCACGUUGCGGGUGACCGGGUGUCGGUGACAAUGAGGACAAGCCUACUUCGCUCGCUGGGCAAGGGCCUGGGGCUGUGCGCGGAGGCAACCAGCAGCCGCGUGGCGCAGCAGACGAUGCCGGCAGUGGCCGCGAUGUCGACCUCUGCUUCGGAUGCCGAGCCCACUAGCAAGGCGGCCCACUACGCCGCUGCUCUGGGCGGUGUUAUGGCGGGUAUUUUCGGCGCUUCCUGCGUGGCCUCGGCCAACGAGGCCGCCGAUGGUCUUCACGCUCCUCACUACCCUUGGGGACAUGAGGGCGUGCUGGACUCAUACGACCACGCCGCUAUUCGUCGCGGCCACAAGGUGUACCAGCAGGUGUGCGCGGCCUGCCACUCCAUGCAGUACCUGCACUGGCGCCAGCUGGUGGGCGUGUGCUACACGGAGGAGGAGGCCAAGGCGCUGGCCGCCGAGACCGAGGUGGAGGACGGCCCCAACGAUGAGGGCGAGAUGUUCACUCGCGAGGGCCGCCUGUUCGACGCCUUCCCCUCGCCCUACGCCAACGAGCAGGCCGCGCGCUACGCCAACGGCGGCGCCUACCCGCCCGACCUGACGCUCAUCAGCGGCGGCCGCCACAACGGCCCCAACUACAUCUUCUCGCUGCUGACCGGCUACCGCGACCCGCCCGCCGGCAUCUCGAUCCGCGAGGGCCUGUACUACAACCCCUACUUCCCGGGCGGCGCCAUCGCCAUGCCCAAGAUGCUGGUGGACGGCGGUGUGGAGUACGAGGACGGCACGCCCGCCUCGGCCUCGCAGCAGGCCAAGGACAUCACCACCUUCCUGGCCUGGGCCUCCUACCCCUACCAGGACGAGAUGCGUGUGAUGGGCAUCAAGGCCUGCCUGAUGAUCUCCAUCCUCAUCGGCUUCGCCGCUUACUCCAAGCGCCUGCGCUGGGCGCCCAUCAAGUCGCAGCGCAUCGUCAUGGACGUCGUCAACUAAAGGAGCGCGGUUUACCAGCGGCGGCGACAGCGGCAGCUACGGCAGCGGCGGCAGCUGAGCAUUGCUGGCCGUACAGGCUGUUAAGCUGGCUGGCUUGCGUUCCGAGGGGAUAUGCGUUUUUUGGCGGAUGGCUGUGAUGGACGGUGCGGGGUUGCCAGCUAGCUAGCUAGCUAGCUAGCUAGGCAUGGUGAUGGAUGGCGCGAGCAUGUGUUAGCGGCAGCUGCAAGCGGGGCGGCUGCAGCAUGGGCGUCGCUGCGUAGACGGCGCGUGUGUGCAUGUGCGUGUGUGCGCGGGGCGUGGGCGCCCGAGGUGCAGCGCGGAGGCCGCAGACGCGGGAGGGACAGGCGCACUGCGCGGGCGGAGUUCGCUGGAGCGCGGCCUGAGUGUCUUUGCGGGCGCGGGGCGUGGUUGUGGCGCACUGCUGUGGGUUGUGGAUACGGUAGCACACGUGUAGCGGCGUGGGGCACCCGCAGGCGCCAUUCGGAUGUGAGGGCGGCUGCGGGUGCCGCCUGCUGGGGUGUUGUGCACAGGCUUAUCUCUUCAGAUCGUGUGUGUGUGUCUGUGUGCGUGUGUGUUUGUGUGCGUGUGCGUGUGUGUGUGUGUGUGUGUGUGUGUGUGUGUUUGUAGGCUGCUUGAUGAGUAGGGUGUGGAACUGCUGUUCGCUGAGCUGCGUGCAAGCGAGGUUGCAACGUGGCGGCUUGGACUGGAUUGAGGGGGGCCGAUUUGUAGGCAUUGCUCUCCCGACAUAGACUGUAGACAUUAGAUAAGCAGCGCGUGGCUACAGGGUAGGAGGUAGAAGUGAGCGACCAUGAUGUGUAACCUCUCCUUGAG